AUGAGUUCAAUAGACGAGGGCGGUAACAAAAACAUUAUCUUGAAGCAGACAUAUUACUAUUAUUGUUUAAACGGUGGAACUAAAAUAAAUACAUUUUUUGUUUUGCAGGGGUUGCCACAGACGCCAAAGAGUGGGGCGAAGUCUUGCCAGUACAACGGUUUGGACCAUGCGUCGCAUUCUGCGGAGUGGGCGGGCACGCCAGAUGAUGACAACUCACUGGUGUAUGAAGAUGGCGUUCUAGUGUCUGGGUCGCUGCAGGCGCUGAUACAGCAUGCGGUCCCCACUGCUGUGUACUAUCCAGAUACUGCCUACCUCUUUGCAUUCCUGUUAUCAUCGCGACUCUUCAUCAAGCCCCAUGAACUCCUGCAACGUGUGUGUGAUGUUGGAUUUACUCAGCAAGGGUUGAAAGGGAAUGACCUUUCCACCAUAAAUAAGGAUAAGCUUGGAAGGUUUGUGCCCCAUAUGGUACAACUUCUCGGGGAAUGGAGUGAAACCUUCCCCUACGACUUCCGUGACGAACGGAUGAUGAGCGGGGUGCGCACGAUGACCCACCGCUGCAUUGCCCUGGAGCCUGCUCUUCGCCGUGAUGUCACUCAGCACGUGAAGAAAAAACAACGCGUAAAGGUCAUUGAGUGGUGGAUUGAGGUGGCACGAGAGUGCUUCAACAUCGGCAACUUCAACUCUCUCAUGGGGAUUAUUGCUGGCCUAAAUAUGUCAAUCGUAUCAAGACUAAAAAAAACCUGGAGUAAGGUGCAGAGUGCCAAGUUUGCCGUCUUGGAGCAUCAGAUGGAUCCUUCGAGUAAUUUCAGCAGCUACCGCUCUACCUUGAAGGCAGCGAUGUGGAGGUCUGCAGGCGCGGUUGAUGACAGGCAAAAAAUUGUCAUUCCAUUCUUCAGUCUCCUGGUUAAAGAUCUUUAUUUUCUGAAUGAGGGAUGCGCUAGCAGAUUACCAAAUGGACACAUCAACUUCGAUAAAUUUUGGCAACUAGCAAAGCAAGUUACAGAAUUUAUGGCGUGGAAGCAGGUUACAUGUCCAUUUGAAAAGAUAAAGGAAGUAAUAACAUACCUCCAAACGACACAUGUAUUAACAGAAACUGGAUUAGCUUUGGCAUCUUUUGAGUGCGAGGGCCCCGAAAACAGCUACGAAAAGGAGCGGUUGAAAAAUUUAAAGUCUGAUACACAUCAGUCAUCAUCAUAGAAAUGCUGGCACUCUGUGGACACAUUAGGCUGGUUCUCCCACGUAUGAAAAUCAAGUGACAGCUUAAAUUGUAUUUUGUUUGUGCUUUAUUUAUUUAUUGUUUUUUAUUAUCGUAGGAGACCUAAUCUGAAAAUAUUUUAAUUUGUUAAUAUUCUUAGCUGAAUAAAUAAAAUUCUUUUAAUAUAUAGAUAAACUGUAAGAUGAAAAAAUAAGCAGGUUAAGCAUACAAUAUACCUUCAAGGAAGAUUGUGUGAGUGAAAUAAUUUUUUUGUAAAUGUGAAUAUAAGGCAAGAAAUUA